AUUCUCCACCGCACGAUAUAAUUAUAAUUGACUUAACUAAUAAUUCGCCUCUUUCACCUCCUUCACACGAAGAUUCUCCUCCUUUGCAUGAUGAUUCUCCUCCUUUGCACAAUGACUCACUUCCUUCACCUUAA